AUGCACUUCACCAACGUCUUCGUCCAGGCCCUGCUUGCCGGCUCCGCCGUUGCAGCUCCCGCUUCUCUCGCCAGCAAGCGUCAACUUCAGCCCAUCCAGGCUGCCUUGACCAACGUCCAGGACUCUCUCACCGGGCUCGACACCGCUGUCAAGGCUCUCAACGCCGCGGAUCCCAACACCGCCGCCAACCUGCUUGAUGCUUCCAACAAGGUCCAGACCUCGCUGAAGCAAGGUACCACGCAGAUUCAGGGUGCCCAGGAGCUUUCCCUCACCGAUGCCCUCACCCUCCAGCAGUCAGCCGGUGGCUUGACCACCGCUGUCCAGACCUCUGUUGAUGACUUGGUCGCCAAGAAGCCGGAGCUUGACAAGCUUGGCGCCACUUCCAUUGCCGUUGACCAGCUCAAGCAACAGAAGGCGACUGCCGGUGACUUCAGCAGUGCCAUCGUUUCCAAGGUCCCCGCGAUCGGCCAGGGUAUUGCUCAGCAGUCUGUUGACCAGGUUACUCAGUCCCUGGACGGUGGUAUUCAGAAGCUCGGCGGUGAUGCCGCCGGUGGUGCCGCCGGUGGUGCCGCGCCUGUUGCCCCCGCUGCGCCUGCCGCUCCCGCCGCCCCUGCUGGCGCACAAGAGCAAUUCCACGCUGAGGUCAUGGCCUAA